UGAGAAAGGUCUCGUGAAAUGAGCAAGCUGGAUUUUCUGAAGUUGUAAAACAGUAAAACACAAGUUAUUUUCCCAUUUUUUAAGGAAGUGGUAAAAGGUUUUUGUUUCUCUAUAGGGAGCAAAAUGCUAUUUGCAUGGAUUGUGCCCGCAGCAAUUUGGUUGUUGGUGCACUGCACAGCAGAAGCCUGCAGUAAAGGGAACGUGCCUGCGAGCAAACCCCCCUGUGGCGCUGCAGAAAUAUGUGACAAAGGGACCAUGACUGCUAACACCACUUCUCACGUCCAGCCUGGAACCAGCAUCACCCUCUCAUGCCAGCUGAAACCCCCGCGACCCACCGAGCAGUGCAAGAUAGCUCUUUUCUUUAACAGCUCUGAACUGGUUAGCGAUCACGGCAGUUCAGUAAGCACCGGGUUUCUAGUCCGUACAUACGGCAAACACAUGUUUACGUGCAAAACAGUUUGUGAAUACAAGAGAAGACUCAUCUGUGGAAUCGAUAUCGAGUCUGGAAAUCCUCCAGAUGAGCCAAAAAAUGUGUCGUGUAUCCAGUACGGGACAGACGGCCAUCCCACCUGCACCUGGGACAAGGGCAGGCUCACGUACAUCAACACUACCUAUGUGAUGCAGUUAUCAAACGGGACGGAUGUCUUAUGCGUCUCAGAAGAAAGUCUGAAUAAGAAGUUUGGCUCGUUGGCCCUGAGCAAGUUGAAUUUUGACGCUACUUACACCGUUGUGGUUGCCGCCUCCAACGAGCUAGGAAGCGCUUUGUCACGGCCACUCGCGUUCAUGCUAAUAGACAUAGUGAAACCACAUCCUCCCAACUUUUUAGUGGAAUUUGAUAAUUCUUCUGCGACCAGUUGCACCUUUUUUUGGCACGAUGAAGCGCAAGCGCGGCACUGGAGGCUGAGAUACCGUCCACUUACCAGGCACACCUGGAGCACGGUUGAAAGCUUAAACAGUGAAAAGUGCAGCCUUCAUGGUCUGGAGCCUCACACAGCCUACGAGUUUCAGGUCAGCUGUAAAAUCCACCCCGAGCGAGGACUGUGGAGUAACUGGCGCUCGUACCAAACCCGGACUCCCGAGGCAGUGCCGACCGGGCUCCUGGACGUCUGGUACCGACGGCAGGACGUGGACUCUCAACAGCAGAACAUCUCUCUUUUUUGGAAGGCUUUGAGCCGGUCGGAGGCGAGAGGCAGAAUCCUGCGGUACACGGUGACCUUCAAAGCCCCAGGCCUGAGGAGCCCCCCAGCAGGAGAAGCCCACGUUACCACCCAAACCAGCCUCGCCAGGGUCGUGCCGAGGGUGGGCUACAAGAUAACGGUCACCGCCGAGAACUCAAGGGGCAGGUCCCCCCCCGUGUCCAUCGUGACCGACCUGGACACCCAAGCUCUGCCUCCUCCCCGGAAGGUCUCCGCCGUAGCCAUGGGAAACGGCAGCAUCCUCGUGAGCUGGGACGCGCCCGUGGCCUCGGCUGCGUCCCUCAGCGGGUACGUGGUGGAGUGGGCAGACACCCCCAGGAGCUCGUGCCCCCAGCCCUGCCCCGCCUGGGUGAAGCUUCCAGCAUCCAACCUGUCCGCGGUGAUAGCAGAACACAUCAAAGAUGAUGUGUGCUAUCAGAUCAGCGUGUUCGCACUCUACCGGGACAGAGCCGGACAAGCAGCAUCAGUCAGGGGAUACUCAAGAGCAAAAGCACCAUCAGCUGGGCCACGGACGUACACGACACCGUGGGCCGACGGCAUCUUGGUGUCAUGGGAAGCAAUCCCUGCCCCCCAGCAAAGGGGCUGCAUCACAGGGUACCGGAUAUACCUGCAGAAAAACGACGGGCGGGCAGCCCCACGGGUCUACGCCGUUUCCAACGCGAGCGCCCCGCGGUCGCUGCACAUCGCGGAGCUGCAGCCCGGCCAGCCCUACACCCUGUGGAUGACAGCGUCGACGGCUGCCGGAGAGGGGCCGCGGGGCAACACCCAACUCCUCUGCUUGGAAAGUGCCGGGCACUGGAUGGCUGCUGUGCUUACCUGCAGCUUCUUGAUCAUCUUGGCCUGCAUGUGUUACAUCCCUCCAGCAAGAAAACUAUUAUACUCCCUCCUCUCCGUGCUUGUGCCACAGUGGCAGAGCAAAGCCAUUCCAGACCCAGCUAACGCUACGUGGGCUAAGAACUACCUGUCUAUGAAGGCAGAGCUGAGCUUGCCCCCCAGCCUGUUCCUGCACAGCGCCGGCAGCUUUGAAGAGCCCGAAACAACACAAGUAGAGGAAACCUUGGUGAAAGGCGAGCCCCCGGCCCUGCGGGACAAGCUCCUCUUGGGCAGCGGGGGAAACGGCGACUGGCCGCCGGCGAGCGGCCCGGGGCAGGAGGAGCCGGGCUACAAGGCUCUGCCCAGCCCGGCCGACGGGGAGGUUUACGAGCAGCAGCUUCCCGACCUCUACAAGAGGAUAGGGGUGGAGGAGCACACGCAGACCGUUUCGGAGUAUAUCACCAACCCCAUCGCCGACACGGCCGCCACGCGCCCACCCCCGGCCACCGGCGCCACCGGCCUCCCUGAGCUCGAGUGCAGCCCGCUCGCCGGCUUCCCAACCACCUUUCUGACUCCCAUCCUUUCCUGCGAAGGGAAUCUCACUCUGGAUAGGGUGAAAAUAAACUGCAGCUCUUUCACGAUGUAGGCGGUCAGCGGGACAUAAGCCUGGCCUGAUUUUUUCCGCACUUUACUGAAGUGUUUCAGUGUGUUUUCAGGACAGCCAGUCCAGUAACUUACAGGUCACACCUUUAAGCAACAAGAAAACCCAACUCACAAACUUUUCCAGCGCCGCAAGUCGCACCUCGCUGUACAGUACAGCAGCUCCUCACCCACCUCACACUCUCAGGUAGAAUCACAGAUGCUUGGGAAUGCCAGGGCUGCCUGACCUGGUUUUUAAGAAAGGUUAAUUAAUUAGUCAAGAUACCUUCAUGCAGCCUAGACUGUCUCAGGCCCCUGUCCCACCACCUCACCAAGAGUGGUUGAGCCUGCCUUGGUCCAGCCCAGGACUCAGAGCUGUGCCAACCAUAAUUUCCACCGUCACUCACUGAGGAAGAGCGAGAAGUUACGGCGCAGUCAGUCCUCAGCCCCUCGGGGCCCCGCUGCACCAGGUCAGCGAUGCAGCACAGCCCCGUCUGCAGCCACCGGUGCUAAACUGAAACGCCCGUGGGCAUUAUUCCUCUGCACUAAGUCACCGUGUCCCCAGUGCGGUGGGUACGGAGGGACAGGGCGGCAGCAGGGCUGGCAGCUCUGCCAGGGCCAGCCUGCCUGCACGGCUCGGGCAAGGAGAAAUCCUCACCAGAAAGAAAAGCAACAGGCAGGGAGGCAAAUUGUCUGGUGAGAAGAAUUUAAAUCAUUUAUUGAAGUAUUCUAAUUACAGGUUUGAAAUCUUACACGUUUAAUGACUUUACUAUAUAUGUGUGUGUGUGUGUGUAUA